UCAUACGUUAUUAAGCUGUACCAACUGCUGUCGCAAGAAUUCUCGGGAAUCAUUCUUGAUCUGUUUGGAUCGUGUGCCAACGGAUUCAGCCUCUGCUCGAGCGAUCUAGAUGUUUGUGCUUCAUUUCCUGAAGGUUCUUCUAACUGGCAUGCUGUUAAAAAGCGGCCUCAAUUACUCGAGACUUAA